AUGGAUAGCUUAUUUUUCAGUAGUUGUAUUUUCUGUCUCCUUGAAGAUCCAAUGCCAGCGAAUGCACAAUUCUUCUACGGCUUCACGCAAUUUGCCAUAGAGUUAAAUGAGCCACCUGCACAAGAUGCUGUCUCAUCUGGCCGUCUACCGAUAACAGAUAGUAGACGGCGACCAGAUAUUCGACUCCUUGAGUUGGGUCGAGUUGAGGAAGCGGAAGCUGAGAAUAAGAGGAUGGAAGAUGAACAACGUCGAAGGCUAAGGAGCUAUAACUCGAAAGAGUUAGACCUAACCACUGCGUGGAAGCCACUAUGGUUCACGGUUUUCGAGUUGAAUUUUGAAUACGAGUUGUGCAAGCUGAUAAUGAUUGAGAGCGUAGAGGAAGAGGGUGCAAGAAGGGGAAAAUGUAUUAGGGCUCUGGGAAAAAUUAGAAUUAGAUACGCCUCAAUGGGCCUGCAUCGUGCCUGUAUCGUGUGA